CCCUGUAUAAAAGCUUUGUCCACUGACAAGGCAGCCAGCCAGAGCAGAAUCUUCUCAACAGGCAAUAAGAAAUGGCUACUCACCUGACUGGACUUCUGACCAUUGCUCUUUUGAUCAGAGGCAGUGUCAUAGCAGGUUCUGAAGAGUCCCUGCAGAGGGUGAAGAGGGACGACGACAGUGAUGAACGUUCGUCCUCAGGCUCCACAUGUCCCUGCACUCAGGGGUGUUGUGACGAGGGCUGGAUCCAAUACAAAGAUGCCUGUUACUUGCCUGAACUCCAGCAGAAAAGAUCAUGGAGCAAUGCUGAGGAAUACUGUGUGGAACGGGAGGCCCACCUAGCUUCAGUUCAUAGCCAUGAGGAAGACAACUUUAUCCUUCACCUGAUGGGGAAUGUCAAACUUAGGCCAUACUGGCUUGGAGCAAAGAGAAUCAGGCAGGGUCAAGAACGACACUGGAUGUGGGCUGAUGAGUCGCCGUACCACUACGAGAGAGUGCCGAAUUUUUUCCAUCCUGGAGAAAAUAAGAAUAAUUUAGUAGCUGGGAGAUUGAACGAUCAAGGUAUCAUCCUCUGGAAUUACGAAGAUGGCUCUGUUGCACACCUAUUCAUCUGCAAAUAUUCUCUGGCACCAUAGUCAACGGGGGAUUUCUGGAGCUUCAGAACUUGCUAUGCCUCUUUGCUUGGUGAUCCGGCCACUGAAACGGUUCUGGAGCCAAUAUGAGACCCAAUGUACAAUGAUAGCCAAUUGGGCAGAGUAGUGAAUUUUUGAGUUGCACUAAAUAAAGAAACGCUUUCAUCUUGUAGGUUGAUAUGGGGGAUGCUUAGAACUUGCAGCCAGCCAGCCACCCACCCACUCGCAUUCUGAAAUCAUAUUGCUCAGGUCUUGAAUAUUUGAAUUAGUUUUGUGUAUAUCUGUUGGUGGAAUAGGAGUGUAGCCAAGAGAUCACA